UGUUCAAACUGUCAAAGAUAUGAAUACUUUGCAAUCUCUUAUUUCAGAGACUCAAAAUACACAUUCUGUGCUAGAGAUCACAAAACUAGUGAGUAUAAAUAUGAAACAUGCUUAAAAAGAGAUGAAAUAUGUCAACAUACUCUGCUUAAGUACUUCAAUU